AAUAAUGGAUUCGUUUUUUAGUCUGUUCGACCCUUCAGAGGGUAGCCAGAACAAGCCAAAGAAUAAAAAGAGGCACAAACCCGAACAGGACACCGUAAAGAAGAAACCUGACGCACCCAAGGGACGUAGACGAGGCCGCAAGUCAGCGGUGAAGAACGAGACGUUACCAGAAGAAUCUUCGUUCCUCUGUGAACCUGAUCUCAGUACUGAUCUCCUAGUGAAAGAUGUUAGCUAUAUAGAAAACUUCAUUGAGAUUAAUAAGAAGGAAGAUGACAAAACAGACCCCGACAAGAAACCGAGGCGCAGAAACUCAGGACGCAAAUGUAGACGGAAAAAGAACAAAAUCUCCCCUCUAAAGGACUUACCCAACCAAGCGUGGGUAGAAACCAACCCAGACAAUAACAAUGAAACCAAAAACUGGAACAAUCAACUUCUAGUACAAAAAAUAUGUGACGAGAACAUCGGCAAGAAUGUCAACGAUUUAAAAAAUGAAAUGAAGAUUAAAAAUAAAAGGAAUGAAGUAUCGACUAUCGAUAAAUUUCGUGAUAGGGAUGUCUAUAAUGUUAUCGAUAAGCUAGAAAAGGUUAUUCUAAAGGACGAUAUGUAUUUGGCUGGAGAAUUUGAUAGUAAUGACUUGGAAAACGAUUUCUUCUAUAGCUCCGACGAUUUGGAGGAUUUUAUCGAUGAUUCUACCUCAGAGCCGGACGACUCAGGAGACGAAGUUUACGGCAGUCUACCUCCCGAGCCCAGGUUCGGCAACGUCGAGUACAAACUGCAACUAGUCUCGCUGUGUGAGAGGAGGUUCCAGCAUCUAGUUACUCAGGUACGGUUUUAUUUAUUCACAACAUAACAUCACGCCUUUUAUCUCCGGAGGGGUAGGCAGAGGUG